CGGCGCCGGCGGAAACCGACGUGCCCUUCCGGGCUCAAACGCCGCGCUCCGCAAAAGGGGAAAAUCCGGUGGGUUCCCCGAGCGACAGACAAUGGCUACCUACAGCCUGGCUAACGAGCGACUACGCGCCUUGGAAGACAUCGAACGGGAAAUCGGCGCCAUCCUUCAGAAUGCAGGUACCGUAAUUCUGGAACUUUCCAAGGAAAAAACCAAUGAGCGGCUGCUAGACCGACAAGCGGCGGCUUUCACGGCGUCGGUGCAACACGUAGAAGCGGAGCUGUCGGCUCAGAUCCGCUACCUAACCCAGGUGGCCACAGGGCAGCCCCACGAGGGCUCCAGCUACUCUUCAAGGAAGGACUGUCAGAUGGCACUAAAGCGAGUGGACUAUGCUCGCCUCAAGCUCAGCGAUGUGGCCCGAACCUGUGAGCAGAUGCUGGAAAACUAAGCCAAGUAGGCCGAGAGACAUCUUGGAGGCAGAUCACCACCUGCCCCCCGGGACAGAACCUGGAGACCUGUAGAUUGAGGAGCGCAGGCUGCCAUGCAUGCCCUGCUGGUCAUAUAUGAGGACAAAGAGGCAAAAGGUGGGAAUGGAGAACUUUAAGCCCACGUCUGCCUGCGACUCUGUGCUGGCUCCUCUAGCAGGUGCUCCUGCUCUAACAUCACCAAAGUCCUCACAAGCUCAGACAGGAGAUAAAGAGUCAGUCACCCAACCCACUUGCUCAGAUACUUCAUGUCCUUGUUCCCUUCCGCAGACUUGACCCAAUGAAGACACAUUCUUCAUUGGAAGAGAGAAAACAGGAACUAAGGGUUUUGAUAAUGAAAAACAACAACAAUAAAGACAGUGAGCUCAGACUGAGACUGGGGCAUAUAUGAGUGACACAAGGGAUUGAGGAAGUAAAUCCAGCCUGGAUGGCAGCUGGUGGCUGCUGAGGGAGGGUGGGAAAACCCAGGCCUUAAGUGUGGGGUCAGGGGAGGAAGCAGGUGAGGGCUAAAGUUGGUGUGGUAUAGAGAGAGACUUUGGGGGAGCGGGGUACCAUCAGCAGAGAAGCUGAAGCCAGGAAUCAUGGUAAAGGGGCAAGGGCAUGAGGCCAAUGUACACAGAAAGAAGAGUCAAUAAUUAGAAAAAUACUUUUUAGUAAAAAUAAUAUACAUUCAGAAUUUUACACAAUGUAAAGACAAAAAGAAAGUUCUAACAGAGGGCAGUGGCUGGUGUUAAACAGUAACAGAUAUGUACAGAGUGCCUACUAUGUGCCAGAGAGAUUGUUCCAGUUUAUUAAAUGUUUAUGGUAGUGGAUAAAUCACAUUUUCUACUCUCACAAGCUUCCAUUCUUAGCCCAACUGUUGGAAUAUGAUGCCACAGGUAUACAUUGAAGCUGCAAAUCUAGAAAAUUGAGGGAUGAGCUCUGAGAUCAAGAGUAGUUGGGGUGGGGAAGUGAUAGGUUGAGUUAGAGAAUCAGACUCCAAAACAUUUAAUCAGACAAUCUGGUACACAGUAGGUACUCAAUAAAGAUUUGUGAAUUAAA